UUGGAUCUUGUGGAAACUCAGACUGAAGUGAGUAGUGAAUAUAGUAUGGACAAGGCAAUGGUUGAAUUUGCUGUAAUGGAUCGGCAACUAAACCAUUAUGUAAAGGCUGUUCAAUCUACGAUAAAUCAUGUGGAGUUUCACUCUUCUUGCCCAGGAUAGAGUGCAGUGGGGCAGUCUCGGCUCACUGCAACCUCCACCUGCUGGGUUCAAGCAUUUCUCCUGCCUCAGCCUCCCAAGUAGCUGGGAUUAUAGGCACCUGCCACCAAUGCCUGGCUAAUUUUUUGUAUUUUAGCUGGGGUUUCACCAUGUUGGGCAGGCUAGUCUCAAACUCCUGACCUCAGGUGAUCCACCCGCCUCAUCCUCCCAAAGUGCCGGGAUUAUAAGCGUGAACCACUGCGCCUAGCCCCUUAAAGAUGUUUUUAUCUUUAGGGUCAGGAAAGGGCCUUUCACUGUUGCACUCCUCCAACAGUGAAAAAGAGGAAGGGACAGCUUUUAAAAACAUGCUGUGAUUGCUUAGUCUGUGUUUGAAGCAAAGAAGACCCCUUCGUGCAGUGAUGAUACGAGAAAGAGGAGAGAAGGAAAUGUUUGAGAGGAAACAAAGAGAGGGGCGUACAGAAGAGGCAGGAGACAGCAGCAGCAGCAGAAUGGGUAGGAAAUGCCUAUAGACCUUUGAAGGGCCUGGUUCACCACAGCACUCCAGGUAGGCACUAAGGUGCCCAGUGUGAUUAUUAAACACUUUAGCCUCGGUGGCACUAGGCCAUCCUAGCAGCUAGUUCUUUAAAGUACCCAAAUAAUGUGAAUGUUUUGUAAUACAGCAAACUCCUGGUUAUUUCUGACAUUGGACACAGUCCACAUACAACAUCAAACCCUUAUUUUAGAUCAUCAAUUUAGCCUCCUUCCAUCCUCACACUUUUCAUGUAAUUAAUAAGUUACAUGGUGAGGUUUAGGCCUUUCCCCCACUAACUGGCAGUGGUGCUGAAUGGGCCAACUGCAGAAGAGAGAUGGGAAAAUCGACUGAACUGGGUAAUGGAUCAGCAAAUGUGAAAAUUCAGCGUAAAUUCAUGCAUUUUCCGGCGUGGCAUUGAAAGCACAGUAGUCACUGCUUGUCCACAGUUUCACUUUCCACUAUUUCAGUUAUCUGUGGCCACCUUUGAUCCAAAAAUAUUAAAUGGAAAAUUCCAGAAAUAAACAAAUAAAUAAGUAGCACCUCGUUCUAAGUAGUGUGAUGAUAUCUUUUGCCCUGCUGCUCUGUCUUGUCUUUAUCACAAGAGGAAGAAUGAGUACAGUACAAUAAGAUAUUUUGAGAGCAAGAAAGAUGUUCACAUAACUUAUUGCAAUAUAUUAUUAUAAUUGUUCUAUAUUCUUAAUAGUUGUUGUUAAUCUCUUGCUUUGCAUAAUUUAUAAAUUGAACUUUAUCAUAGGUAUAUAUGUAUAGGAAAAAACAUAGUCAUACAGUCAUGAAUCACGUAACAAUAUUUCAGUUAAGGGGACCAUACGUAACAAUGGUGGUGCCAUAAGAUUAAAAUAUUGUAUUUUACUGUACCUUUUCUAUGUUGACUAGUGUUUAGCUGCUUAAAUAGUAGUCUUGUUGCAGUUGCCUAUAGUAUUCAGUUUAGUAACAUGCUGUACAGGUUUGUAGCCUAGGAGCAAUAAGCUUACUAUACAGCCCAGGUGUGUGGUUGGCUCUUCCAUCUAGGUUUGUAUAAGUAUACUCCGUGGUGUUCCACAGCAUUGCCUCAUUUCUCAGAAAGUAUCCCUGUCGUUAAGCAGUGCGUGAUUGAUUAUACAGGGUUUGGUACUAUCUGGAGUUUCAGGCAUCUUCUGGGGGUCUUGGAAUGUAUGUUCUGUGGAUAAGGGGGACUACUGCAAUUGCUUAUUAGUCUCUUAGUUAAAUUAUUCAGUUGGCAGAUCACUUGUGGGCUGGACUUCAAGACCAGCCUGGCUAACAUGGUGAAACCCCGUCUCCACUAAAAAUAACGAAAAUUAGCUCUGUGUGGUGGCUUGCGCCAGUAGUCCCAGCUACUUGGGAGGCUGAGGCAGGAAAAUUGCUUCAACCCAGGAAGUGGAGGUUGCAGUGAGCCAUGGUUGCACCCUGCACUCCAGCUUGGGUGACAGAGUGAGACUCUAGUCUCAAAAAAAAAAAAAAAAACAUGUUCAGUUGGUGCCAGUAGUAUGUUUAGUCCAAGAAAGAUACAAAAGCCUCGGGCAUCACACUACCGGAUUUCAAACUAUACUACAAGGCUACAGUAAUCAAAACAGCAUGGUACUGGUACCAAAACAAAGAUAUAGACCAAUGGAACAAAACAGAGGCACCGGAGGCAACACAACAUAUCUACAACUAUACAAUCUUUGAUAAACCUGACAAAAAAAAGCAAGGGGGAAAGGAUUCCCUGUUUAACAAAUGGUGUUGGGAAAACUGGCUAGCCAUGUGCAGAAAGCAGAAACUGGACCCCUUCCUGACACCUUACACUAAAAUUAACUCCAGAUGGAUUAAAGACUUAAACAUAAGACUUGGCACGGUAAAAACCCUAGAAGGAAAUCUAGGCAGAACUAUCCAGGACAUAGGAGUAGGCAAGGACUUCAUGAACAAAACACCAAAAGCAUUGGCAACAAAAGCCAAAAUAGACAAAUGGGACCUAAUGAAACUCCACAGCUUCUGCACGGCAAAAGAAACAGUCACUAGAGUGAAUCAGCAACCAACAGAAUGGGAAAAAAUUUUCGCAGUUUACCCAUCUGACAAAGGGCUGAUAUCCAGAAUUUACAAAGAACUCAAACGGAUUUACAGGAAAAAAACAAACAAGCCCAUUCAAAAGUGGGCAAAGGAUAUGAACAGACACUUUACAAAAGAAGACAUAUAUGAGGCCAACAAUCAUAUGAAAAAAUGCUCAUCGUCACUGGUCAUCAGAGAGAUGCAAAUCAAAACCACAUUGAGAUACCAUCUCACGCCAGUUAGAAUGGCGAUCAUUAAAAAAUCUGGAGACAACAGAUGCUGGAGAGGAUGUGGAGAAAAAGGAACACUUUUACACUGUUGGUGGGAGUGUAAAUUAGUUCAACCAUUGUGGAAGACAGUGUGGCGAUUCCUCAAGGCCUUAGAAAUAGAAAUUCCAUUUGACCCAGCAAUCCCAUUACUGGGUAUAUAUCCAAAGGACUAUAAAUCGUUCUACUAUAAGGACACAUGUACACGAAUGUUCAUUGCAGCACUGUUUACAAUAGCAAAAACCUGGAAUCAACCAAAAUGCCCAUUGAUAAUAGACUGGAUUGGAAAAAUGUGGCACAUAUACACCAUGGAAUAUUAUGCAGCAAUCAGAAAUGAUGAGUUUGUGUCGUUUGUAGGGACAUGGAUGAAUCUGGAGAACGUCAUCCUCAGCAAACUGACACAAGAACAGAAAAUGAAACACCGCAUAUUCUCACCCAUAGGCGGGUGAUGAAAAAUGAGAACACAUGGACACAGAAAGGGGAGUACUAAACACUGGGGUCUAUUGGGGGGAAAAGGGGAGGGCCAGUGGGAGGGGGAGGUGGGGAGGGAUAGCCUGGGGAGAAAUGCCAAAUGUGGGUGAAGGGGAGAAGCAAAGAAAAGCACACUGCCAUGUGUGUUCCUACGCAACUGUCUUGCAUGCUCUGCUCAUGUACCCCAAAACCUAAAAUCCAAUAAAAAAUUUAAAAAAAAAAAAAAAAGAUACAAAAGCCUCUUAGACACACGUACAUAAAUAGCUACAAAAUGAUUUUAACCGUAAAAUAGUUUGACAGAGACAAUAAAAACAUGCAUAGGAAAUUGAGAGUAAGGGGAAAGAGUUUUUGCUUAAAUUCUGGCUUUCGUGCACUCUAACUCUGAGCCUCAGUUUCUUCUGAAAGUAGGGAUAGUAGUUUAGGUCGUAGAGUUCUAGUAAGGAUGCAAGUGAUAGCAUAAAGGCACCUAAAAUGGUUCUGUCACACUAAUUUAUAAGGUUGCCUAGAACGUUCUGUAAAGGAGAACUCAUUUCCCUGGGCCAGCUUCAAAUAAUAUCUGGAAGGGAAGUUUGAGUUCAAGUUUGGAGGGUAGAGUGGGCAGCAGGAAACCAUCGGGAAAGCCCGGAAGUGAUGCUCCUUGAGAGGCUGAAGGAAAAGCCUCUUUCCUCGGAAGGGAGUUCUCUGGUAUUUGGGGGUGGACUGGGGUGUGGAACUUAGUACUCGCAGUCAGUGUUGUGACCAGAAAGCAUUGUUCAGAAUCAGGGGAACUGGGCCAAUGCAGAGGCCAGUGAACAACGUGACAUGUGGCCUGAUAGUCACCCUACCUGUAACAGUGAAAAAGAUGCCACGCCCUUUAAUAUGUGCUCAUUAAUUGUGACAAGGGGGUCAUUCUAGAGCUAUGAAAUGACCCCCAGACAACAGAGUAAACAUUCACAGGUUUUAAUUCAGGAAUCACUUUUAAUGUUUUCUUAGACAUUUAAGUGAAGACAGAGGAAAUGCAGCUUUAAAAUUGAUUGCUGUCUGGUCUGGGCACGAGUACAUAAGCAUGCUUGCUUACAUUUUUAUUAGAUACUCUUACUUCCAUUUUUAGGUAAUUUUUAUUUACUUUAUCGGUAACAUUCAUUUGAAAAAGUAAUUGGGAGAGAAUCGUGUUGGAUUUAUUCCCCUGCUAUACAGGUUGUCAGCUCUUGUUCAAGUGUGUGAUCUCUAUACAUUGUUGACAAGUGAGAGAGCGAGAAGGAUAUAAAUGGAGAGUAUGUGAAUGGAUUUUAUUUUUUCAAGCUCCUGUGUGAAUUUGCAGCUGGGUUGUGAGGCAAAGUUCUUUCAUUUUACAGUGGAGCCAGUGCCCAGUGAACUGUCUUUUUGAGCAGUAUAAACUUUCUUUUUUUUUUAAAUUGUAUUUUGGGCUCUGGUGUACAUGUGCACAUCCAGCAUCCUGCAGGAUUGUUACGUAGGUACAUACAUGCCAUGGUGGUUUGCUAUCUCCAUUCCCCUGUCCCCGCUUCCGUCACCUGCAUCAGGCAUUUCUCCCGGUGUUAUCCCUCCCAUCCUCUCUGCCCCCGUACUCUCCCUCCCCUCCAACCCCCCACUUAGCCCAAUGACUGUUGUUCUCUUCCCUGUGCCCAAGUGUUCUCAUUGUUCUUCAUCCACCUAUGAGUGAAAACAUAGGGUGUUAGGGUUUCCGUUCUGGUGUCAGUUUGCUGAGAAUGAUGGUUUCUAGAUUCAUCCAUGUCUCUACAAAGGACACGAACUCCCGUUUUUUAUGGCUGCACAGUAUUCCAUGGUGUAUAGGUGCCGUAUUUUCUUUGUGAGAAUGGAGAGGAUUUCUUUCCAUUGUUUCUCUCUCACAGCAUCAAGUUUCUGGUAAUGGUGGCACUUUCCUUCUUUUGCGUUGUGGCCAAAAUGAUAUUUAAACCACUGGAGCUUUAAGAAUUGUAUUUCUUUCUGGACUUUCUUUUUUAAAAAUGUCUCAUAAUACAGCAUUCUUUAGUGGAAAUCCUUAUGUAUGUUUAUCAUGGUUUAGAGUAAUGCAGUCAGUUAUGAAUAGUUUUAAAUUUAAUGA